UCCCUUGCCACGACGUAGCAGUCGUUCACACACCGGUCCAGAGGCCGCCGCCGCCGCCGCCGCCGCCGUCGGCCGCUACGAGAACCCCAGAGUAAAGGAAGAUGCCUUCACUUCAGAAAGCUUUACCUCCAGAACUUGCCGAUAAUGCGCUUAGAUUAUACCGCGAGUGCUUAAGGAGGGCUAAGUUCAUCGGUAGUCAGCAACAUAAUACAGGGCUUCUUGUUUCCAUGGUGAGGGAACAGUUCAAGAAAAACAUGCAUGAAACUGAUCCAGAGAAGAUACAGAAAAUGAAGGAUGAUGCGGCACGGGGCCUUAUCAAUCACAUAAUAUAUGAAUCCGAGAAGAUGACGGGGCGUAAAUUCUCAGGUUAAGAAAGUUGAAAGUAGACUAUCGGCAUAUCCUGUAUGAAUUGAACAGUGGCUUGAUCCUAUGGCUGUUGAAUUGUUUUUCUCUUCCGACACAAGGACCAUCUAAUGCUUUUAUUUGUUGUUGACUUAAUAAAGCAGUGAUUUUUCAUCA